AUGAGCUACUUCGCACGGGCGGUUACCGCUGCUGGGGCACUAAAUAGACAGCAUCUAUUGGGAGCUGGAUUUUUUUGCUUUUUCCUUGCCCUCUUUCUACUCGUCCCAAGGGAUCCGAAACACGCCACAGCAAAACAGUUACUCCUCAUUAACAAGCCCUUCACCUGGGAGCCUAGGUUAUUCGCUCGGCUUCGCUGGGCGAUAUUCGCUCGCGAAAUUCUCGAAUUGGGAUAUAAUAAGUCUGAGGGCAAACCCUAUCAAUUAGAGCGCGGAGAUGCAAACUACGUGGUGCUACCGACCAGCUCCAUCCCCGAGUUGAACCGUCUGGGUGUGGACGUUCUCAACACGAGGAAACACCAUAGUUUUAGCCUUCUAGGCCAUUUGACCGGCAUGGACGUCAUACUCAAGACGAGCUACCAUACGAGGACACUUUUAAGCCGAGUCAGUCCAGCCAUGAACGACGUCACGCCGCCAAUGGCCAAGCGCAUGACGGCAAGACUGAACCGCUUAUUACCCCAGGAACUUGGCCUAUGGGCGUCAAUCGACCCCGUAGAUGUACUGGUACAGUGCAUUAUAUUUACGCUUGCGUUUUGUAUGCGUAUAGUACCAUACUACCUUCAACCUAUCCUCGUCUGGCUGCUUCCCGCCAAGUGGCGUCUCGUCAGUGGCUGGAAAGUCUGGGACCGCAUCGUGAUCCCUGAAGUACGCCGGCGGCAGCAGGAAAAGGAUUCUGAUCUCUCUAAUAGAGGCGACCUGAUCUCGUGGAUGCUGCGCGAUGCUAAGACCCCUAUUGAACGCGAUGAGCAUAAUUUAUGUCAUCUUUCCGCCGCGGUCAUCGCCGGUGCAACCUACAGCACAGCGAAUAUCGCGUCCGAGGCUCUGGUGAACCUUAUGGAAAACCCGACUACUUUGAAUGAACUACGCGAAGAGAUUAAACAAAAGCAUACAGAGAUCGACGGACAUUGGAAUCUUGCCGCGUUGGACAGCCUCUACAAGCUAGACUCGGUACUCAAGGAAACAUCCCGGCUCACACCGGGCGCUGCGCUCGUGUACCAGCGUGCCGUGCAGAAGGAUGUUCAGCUAAGCAGCGGCGUCCAGCUGAAACGUGGGCAAUUUAUUGCUGUAGCCUCGCAAGAGGGUCUCAUGGCCUAUACUGCCAACCCAGAUUCACAUAUUCCGAACACAUUUGACGGUAUGCGAUUCUACAAUGAGGACCUUGAACGGCACAAAGCAACUCCAUUUAAUGGAAUAGCCGGCAAACUACUUACAUGGGGCUCCGGGCGCUGGGCGUGCCCGGGCCGGUUAAUAGCGAAUAUGAUGAUCAAGGUAUUGAUGGUGGAGCUGCUCGAUAAGUAUGAGUUUGAGUUCAUAAAGGGCAAGAAACCAGGGGUUAUUCGCAUCCACGAAUUCUUGAUGCUGAAUCCUAUGGCAAAGAUUAGUGUACGUAGAAGAGAAAAGCCACUCUGUGGGGUUUCGAUCGCCCUAAGUAGGUAG